UAGGUUUGCCGAAUUAGGCAGCCAAAACCGGCUUUUGAAAAAAAAAAAAAAAAAAAUUUUAUUUUCUUUGUUUUCUCCCUCUCUCUAUCUCCCUCUCUCUCUUCUGUACUUUCUCUCUCUACUGCAACAAAAAUGGCGGCAUCUUCUAGAAGAUCAAGCGCAAGCGGACCAGUUCUCCGUUCCCUUUCACCAUCCGGAAGAUUCUACAGCUCUCGCUCUUCGUCACAUUCUUCAUCUGCCUCGGCGUUCGCUUCGUCCACCUCCAGUUUCUCUUCCCGAUCGGCCACCUUCCUCCACCGUUCCGCCUCGCCGCCUCGGGUCAACAUGUACGGACCGUCUCCUCCGGCGUCGUCCAUACGGUUCUCAAUGGACCGUCCGAUUUCGCCGAACCGGUCCAUUUCGGUCACGCCACGUGGCAACGGAAACGGUAACAACCAGGUAGUUAAGAGGCAGAUCAAUCAGAAGCGGACGUGUAUGUGUUCGCCUACGACGCACCCUGGUUCGUUCCGGUGCAGCCUACAUAAAGGCUUCGGUUCGUCGCACUCGUCGGUUCCGUACUCUCCGAACCGGUUGAACGCUCGUAGGUCGGCGAUGACGAACUCGCUGGUGAGGAUUGGAGGAGUCGAAGGCGAUUUAGUGAAGCGUGCUUUGUCGGCUUUGAUUCGUCCGUCUUCACACAGCCAGAGGAGGCGAGCCGAUUUCCAGCCGAGACCGAGCCGGCUCUCCAUCAUGUGCAAGGCUGAGGAUUCUUGUUUGGAGACGACGUAUGCGUGUGGUGUGUAUGAGUCACGUAUUUUCCGUUCAGCUUUCCGCCGGAUCUGUUUGCCAGAGUUUUGGUUUCCUCCACCAGGUAUGUUUUCCUUCACUCGUGAAUUUGCAGAAGGAAAAAAAAGAAAAAAAAGAAAAAAAAAAAAACACCGGAAUUUUCUGAAGGUUCUGAACCUAAGAACUAAUUAAAAUUAAUUAUUCAUUUUCUUGAAAAAAAUAAAUACUUGGAAAUAAAUAAUGAAAGUUCUUGAAAUAUAAAUUUUAAAAAUAAAUAUUUGAAAAAAAAAGUAACCGAAUUUUCUGAAGGGAAAAUCAAUGAAGAAGCUGAGGACAAAUAAAAUUCAUUAUUGUUAUUUUUUUUAACGAAAUAAGUACUUGGAAAGAAAUAAUGAAAGAUGAUCCAAAGGUAGAAGAUUCGAAUAAAUAAUUUUGAAAACCAAAUUAAAUUAAUAAUUAAUUAAAGAUUUUUAAAACUCGGUAGGUUUUGAGUGGUUGGGCAGAAGACCUGACCUUCACUAAUGGAUGAACUGAAUAAUUAUUGAUAUUUAAAUUUUGUUAAAAUGAAACCCAAAAAUUGUACCAACUAAUCAUAUCCCAUCACCGAAAAAUGGGACAUCACAGAUGACCCAUUGGCAUAUGACCAUUAGGAAUCGACUUCAAUUGCAUUUUAGAGACAAAUUAAUUAACUAUCUAUUUUUAUAUUUAUGUAUUUAGGUUAAAAGAAAGAACAAUGUUAUUUGUCAAUACGGUAACGUUUGCAAGGUUUUUACUUUUAAAAUGUAUAAAAUAAAAUUAGAAUACACUGUUAUUAUGAAUUCCACGUUAGUCAUAGGUUACGGAUAAAAUUACAAACAGCAAAACCGAUUUGGAAAAUUAACAUAACCAGAUAAAGGUGGUAUUUGUGAAAGCUAUACGGACAGACGGCAAAUCUCGGAGGCAUAAGUGUCCUGCAGUAUAUUAAGGGAGAGACAAAAAGGGUGUGGAUGAAUGGUCCCAUUGGCAACAAAGGUCCAAGAUAGAUGGGUCCAUGUCCUUUUAGACUUUACCAAAGCCAAUGAACCGACUCCAAGUCUCAAACCCAUGAAGAAGAUAAGAUUGAUAAGAUUCUGAAAGUGAUUGGUGUGGCUAAGUUAGGCAGAUGGUUGCAGCUUCUAAUUUGUGGGUUUGGCCAUUUUGUCUUUUAAAAAAGCUCAAUUAAAAAAUAAUGAAUCACUUAUCCAUCCCUGGAAUAUGAAAAUUACAAAUGGUUAGAAAAAUUUUCUUACUUUUUUUAAUUAAAAAUAUAUGUAGAUUUUCUAAUUUUUGUAUU